AUGACGAAUUGUAUACCAAAUCAGAUGAUCAUACGCGUGUUUCUUCAAGAAACAUCAGCUCGUUAUGUAGCAGCAUCGAGAGCUCCUGGGGACAGAGCUCGCGAAGAAAGAGCUUGUGAAAUAUCAGCAGAGAGAGCUCAGUUUUAUGCAGAAGCUCGUUACUGGGCAACAAAAGCAGUGACUCCACCAGGAACAAACAGUGAGUGUUGUAUCUGUUUAGGAGAACAAGCCAACGCUGAUGAUGAUGACACGACGACUCUUCCUACUUGCCAUCAUAGGUUUCAUGCUACUUGUAUUGUGUCAUGGUUAUUACUAGCAAAGAAAAACAUAUGCCCCUUCUGUCGUACUGGUAUUAGUACCACUUUCAUCAGAUGCAUACACUGGCACUAUCGACAUUUAAUCAAGCCAUCGUCACAGAUUACAGUUACUUAA